CGGGGCCAGGCGGGAGCGGGCGAGCAGCGGGCGGCCGCCAUGCUGAACAACCUGACGGACUGCGAGGACGGCGACGGGGGGCCCAGCCAAGGAGAUGGAAACCCCAAAGAGAGCAGCCCCUUCAUCAACAGCACAGACCUGGAGAAAGGGAAGGAGUAUGACGGGAAGAACAUGGCCUUGUUUGAGGAGGAGAUGGACACCAGCCCCAUGGUUUCCUCCCUGCUCAGCGGGCUGGCCAACUACACCAACCUGCCCCAGGGCAGCCGGGAGCACGAAGAGGCUGAGAACAACGAGGGAGCCAAGAAGAAGCCCUCCGUCAAGGCUCCUCGGAUGGGCACCUUCAUGGGGGUUUACCUGCCCUGCCUGCAGAACAUCUUUGGCGUGAUCCUCUUCCUCCGCCUCACCUGGGUGGUGGGCAUUUCGGGCAUCCUGGAGUCCUUCUGCAUGGUCGUCCUCUGCUGCUCCUGCACGAUGCUGACGGCCAUCUCCAUGAGUGCCAUCGCGACCAACGGCGUGGUACCAGCUGGGGGCUCCUACUACAUGAUCUCACGCUCUCUGGGCCCGGAGUUUGGUGGAGCUGUAGGCCUCUGCUUCUACCUGGGCACCACCUUUGCCGGUGCCAUGUACAUCUUGGGCACCAUCGAGAUCCUACUGGCCUACAUCUUCCCACCCAUGGCUAUCUUCAAGGCCGAGGACGCCAGUGGAGAGGCAGCGGCCUUGCUGAACAACAUGCGGGUCUACGGGACGUGUGUGCUCACGUGCAUGGCCACCGUGGUCUUUGUGGGAGUCAAAUACGUCAACAAGUUUGCCUUGGUUUUCCUGGGCUGCGUCAUCCUCUCCAUCCUUGCCAUCUACGCCGGGGUCAUCAAGUCUGCCAUUGACCCGCCCUCCUUCCCGAUAUGCCUACUGGGCAACCGGACCCUGUCCCGCCACGGCAUCGACGUGUGUGCCAAGAUCAUCCAAGUGGGCAACGAAUCCAUGGGCUCCCAGCUGUGGGAACUCUUCUGCUCCUCGCGCUUCCUCAACGCCUCCUGCGACGAGUACUUCAUCCAGAACAACGUGACCGAGAUCGAGGGCAUCCCCGGUGCGGCGUCUGGCCUCAUCCAAGAGAACCUCUGGAGCACCUACCUGCCCAAAGGGGUGAUCAUAGAGAGGUCGGGCAUGACUUCUGUGCCCCCCUCGGAUCCUCUCAUCAACAUGGACCAGCCUUACGUCUUCAGCGACAUGACCUCCUACUUCACCCUCUUGGUCGGCAUCUACUUCCCAUCUGUCACAGGGAUCAUGGCCGGCUCCAACAGGUCCGGAGAUCUGCGCGAUGCCCAGAAGUCCAUCCCCACAGGCACCAUCCUUGCCAUCGCCACCACCUCAGCAGUCUACAUCAGCUCCGUGAUCCUUUUCGGGGCCUGCAUCGAGGGGGUCGUGCUCCGGGACAAAUUUGGGGAGGCUGUCAACGGGAACCUGGUGGUUGGCACCUUGGCCUGGCCCUCCCCCUGGGUGAUCGUCUUUGGCUCCUUCUUCUCCACCUGCGGGGCCGGACUCCAGAGCCUGACGGGGGCCCCUCGCCUGCUGCAGGCCAUCUCCCGGGACGGCAUCGUGCCCUUCCUGAGGGUCUUUGGCCACGGCAAAGCGAACGGGGAGCCCACCUGGGCCCUCCUGCUCACCGCCUGCAUCUGUGAAAUCGGCAUCCUCAUAGCGUCCCUGGAUGAAGUGGCCCCCAUCCUGUCCAUGUUCUUCCUUAUGUGCUACAUGUUCGUCAACCUGGCAUGCGCAGUCCAGACCCUGCUGAGGACCCCAAAUUGGAGGCCGCGGUUUCGGUAUUACCAUUGGACGCUCUCCUUUCUGGGCAUGAGCCUCUGCCUGGCCCUGAUGUUCAUCUGCUCCUGGUACUACGCCCUGGUGGCCAUGCUGAUCGCCGGACUCAUCUACAAAUACAUUGAAUAUCGUGGAGCAGAGAAGGAAUGGGGCGACGGCAUCCGAGGCCUCUCCCUGAGUGCUGCGCGAUAUGCCCUCUUGCGCCUGGAGGAAGGGCCCCCCCACACCAAGAACUGGAGGCCACAGCUACUUGUGCUCGUCCGUGUGGAUCAGGACCAGAACGUUGUCCACCCACAGUUGCUCUCCUUCACCAAUCAGCUGAAGGCCAGCAAGGGGCUGACCAUUGUGGGCUCGGUGCUCGACGGCACCUUCCUGGACAACCACCCGCAGGUCCAGCGUGCGGAAGAGUCCAUCCGGAGGCAAAUGGAGGCCGAGAAAGUGAAGGGCUUCUGCCACGUGGUGACCUCGUCCAACGUGCGGGAUGGCAUGUCCCACCUUAUCCAGGCCAGUGGCCUCGGGGGCCUGCAACACAACACCGUGCUGGUCGGAUGGCCACGCAACUGGCGCAGCAAAGAGGACCACCAGACCUGGAGGAACUUCAUUGAGCUGGUGCGCGAGACCACAGCUGGCCACAUGGCACUGCUGGUGGCCAAAAACGUGGCCAUGUUCCCGGCCAACUCUGAGCGCUUCUCAGAGAGCUACAUCGACGUCUGGUGGAUUGUGCACGACGGGGGGAUGCUGAUGCUGCUUCCGUUCCUGCUUCGGCAGCACAAGGUGUGGCGCAAGUGCAAGAUGAGGAUCUUCACGGUGGCCCAGAUGGACGACAACAGCAUCCAGAUGAAGAAGGACCUGACCACCUUCCUGUACCACCUCCGCAUCACCGCCGAAGUGGAAGUGGUGGAGAUGCAUGAGAGCGACAUCUCUGCCUAUACCUAUGAGAAGACCCUGGUGAUGGAACAGAGGUCCCAGAUCCUGAAGCAGAUGCACCUCACCAAGACAGAGCGAGAACGAGAGAUCCAGAGCAUCACCGAUGAGUCACGUGGCUCCAUUCGGCGCAAGAAUCCAACCAACACGCGACUGCGGCUCAGUGUCCCCGAAGAGCAGGUGGGAGACAGCGAGGAGAAGCCUGAGGAAGAGGUGCAGCUGAUCCAUGACAAAACCGCCACGGCCUUCUCAAGUAGCUCUCAGUCGCCAGGCGAGGAAGCGGAGACAGAACCUGAGGCAGCCCCCGAGAAGGUGCACCUCACCUGGACGAAGGACAAGGUGGCAGAGAAGAACAAGGCCAAAAGCCCCGUGAGCCCUGAAAGCAUCAAAGAUUUCUUCAGCAUGAAGCCGUGA